ACGGCAGUUCGUCUGGAGGUGCCGGGCAGAAGAACACGCCUCUCCCCCCUCUCUCUUCUUAACACCGGCUUCUUCAACACCAGGGGAAAGCCUACGUCUUCAACAGGGCCGAGGAUUCGACUUGAGCUUGUUCGGAAGCACUGUCACCAUGGCGGCCAACUUGACGAUUCUGGCGGCUGACUUCGCCACCUUACAGAAGAAUGCGGACCAGCUAUUCCUUCUAAUCAUGGGCUGCAUGGUGUUCUUGAUGCAGUCCGGGUUCGCCUUCCUGGAGGCCGGCUCCGUCAGGAGUAAGAACACCACCAACAUCCUCAUCAAGAACAUGCUCGACAUCUUCAUCACCGGGCUGUGCUACUGGAUGUUCGGCUACGCCUUCGCGUUCGGCCAGGUCGGGAACCCCUUCAUCGGACACUCCGACUUCUUCGCGGGGAGUCUCCGGCACUCCCCAGACCCAGCCUUCUGGUUCUUCCAGUUCGUGUUCUGCGCCACCGCUACCACCAUCGUGUCGGGGGCAAUGGCCGAGCGGACGGAGUUCGUCUGUUACCUGGUCUACUGUGUCGUCAUCGGAGGGUUCAUGUAUCCGGUAGUGACGCACUGGGCCUGGUCUGACGUCGGCUGGCUGGCGAACGGGCCUGGCGGGAUAGUGUACAAGGAUUUUGCAGGAAGCGGAGUUGUCCACGUGGUGGGCGGAACCACUGCGCUGGUGGGGGCGAAGAUACUGGGCCCGCGUAUCGGUCGCUUUAAGGACGGGCAACCUGUGCAGAUCCCUGGACACACCGUGCCGCUGGUCGCCCUCGGUGCGUUUAUCCUGUUCUUCGGGUUCCUGGCCUUCAACGGCGGCUCGCAGGCCUCCAUCUCCGGCGCCGGGGACGGCCAGAUCGUCUCCAUCGCCAUGGUCAACACGCUCGUGUCCGGGGCAGCGGGAGGACUUGUGGCCAUGAUGGUGAAACGGUCCGGACUGCUGGGCGGGGUCAACUGGAGUUUGUUGACCUCCAUCAACGGAGCGCUGUCCGGCAUGGUAGCGAUCUGCGCGGCAGCCGACUCGGCCUACUCCUGGGGUGCGGUCGUCAUCGGGGUGGUGGCCGGGGUGGUCUACUGCGCAUGGUCAAAACUAGUGAUCAAGCUGGGAGUGGACGACCCUCUGGACGCAGUGGCAGUUCACCUUGGCGCCGGACUGUGGGGUGUUCUGGCCGCGCCUAUCCUGGCUAGGGACGUCGGACUCAUCACAGCUGACAAGGAGUACGCUCUCCGGCUGUUCGGAUGGAACCUGCUGGGAGUCCUGGUCAUCAUGGUGUGGUGCGCGGUGGUGUCCGCGCUCAUGUUCGGCACGCUCAAGUGCCUCGGCAUUCUCCGGGUGCCGCCGGAGAUAGAGCUCAGGGGCCUUGACAUCCCGAAGCACGGCGAGCCGGCCUACCCGACGGAGAGUUACGGGCACGGGUGGACCAUCAUGCCGCCGGACUUCAGCCCCGACCCGUACGGGCCCGACGGCAAGCCGCAGCCGCAGCCGGUCUACAUCACCAGGAGCAAUGGUCAGUCCUGA